AUGAAUCGUACAAACAGUGUUCUGCUCACAGUUGAUGGAAAGUCUACUAUCAUACCGAAUGUCAAUGGGUCGAGCAUUUCAACACCAGCCGGAUUAGCGAAUGGCAAUCAUACUGUUGAGCUACGGAAGCGAUCAGAAGCGUUGUACGGAAGCAUCUUUGUCGGCAACGUUACGACCGACGGGACUCUCGGGCCAGAUGUCAGACGUAACCGGAAGAUCGAGUUCAUAGGCGACUCAAUUACGGUCGGCUACGGCAUGGAUGGCGUCUUCCCUUGUACAAACAGUGCUGAACUUGAAGACAACCCCAAUACGUAUGCCGUUCUGGCCGCCGAGUCUUUGAAGGCAGAAUACGACAUUGUCGCGUGGAGCGGCAUAGGCCUUGUACGUAACACUGCCUAUGGUAUUCCAGGCGACGUGACGAUGACGAGUCGCUGGACAAAGUACGGGGCCCAAGACGCCGACAACAGCUAUACCUUCCCAGCCAGCGAAACACCCGACGCCGUUGUGAUUGCUCUCGGUACCAACGACUUCAGCAAUGACGGCAACCGUGAGGCGCUUGACGUAGGCAACUUUACGUCAGCGACAGCCUCGUUCAUUCGCACCGUCCAGGGGCAUUAUCCCGCUGCACAGUUCUUCCUUGUUACAUCUCCUAUGCUAGGCGAUAGCUACCCUGCGGGAGAAGCACAACACACAGCACAGACGAAAGCUUUCACUGAUGCAGCCGCCCAGUUGAAUGGCACAAAGGUUCAUGUCGUGGAUUGGCCUACUCAGGGAUCAGACGUGGGAUGCGAUUAUCAUCCGAAUAUCGCCACCAAUGCCGCCGAGGCGCCGGUUCUGGCUGCUGCGAUAGCAAAAGAGCUCGGAUGGUGA